AUGGCACCCCUGUUGACCCGUAUACAAGAUUGUGGGUGGACUUCUGCUGAUGUCCCUGAGAUUAAGGACAAGAAUGCAUCAGUUACCUUGCGGGAUUCUGUGGAUCUCUCACUCUCUUAUAGUCUAGAGAAGAUUCUCAGUGCCUUUAUCUCGGAAUAUCAGUCCUGUCUCGGCCUUCAACCUAGCAUCAUAACACUCCUCAACGCCAGUUGGCUGGUCACUGUACGCUGUUUCUGUCCUGUUCAGGACAUCCACCUGGGUCGGCAUUCGCCCGACAUCUACUUUACCAGAUUCGCACAGGGACCAGGCCGUCAUGUCGCCAUCGAGCUGAACUGCGAGGUCCCAGUCAAAGACCUCGUUCGAAAUGUCUCCCUUCUUGAGUCUGAGGCGACGUCACACAUGUCACUGGGCGACCAUCCUUCCGACGAGGCUUCGGAAAAAUUUCUGACGACCACAAUUUGCUAUGCAGGAGGAUUAUCUGCCAUGGCAGAGGGAUCAAGCAAUAGAAAUCUGAACACAGGACACAUCAAUUCCAAGCUCUUCCUGGACAUCUCGCAAGCAAACGGAGAGCUCCAAGCCAAGCUCACCUUCUCCGUCUCUGAGAUUUCUAGAGAACUUGCACUUAGUAUGUUGCAUACAUUCAAUAAGGCCAUCAGGGCUGUGGUUUCAUCCCCAUUACAAUCCCUAGGAAAGUUAGACUUGUGCUCAAAACAUGACCGCCAGUUGCUGCAAAAAUAUACUGAGAGUGUAUCUGAAUCAUAUGAAGUGCUGCUGCACGACUUAGCCUUGCAGCAUGCACAACUAACUCCUGAUGCUCCGGCCGUCCAUUCCUGGGAUGGUGACCUGACCUAUGCACAGCUGGAUGAUGCGACAUCCCGACUUGGACAGUUUCUGGCCAGUAUGGGUGUAGGCCCGGGGACCUUUGUAAUCAGCUGUUUUGAGAAGUCCACAUGGGCAAUUGUCGCCCGCCUGGCCAUAUUGAAAGCUGGCGCCGCAUAUAUCUCUGUUGACGCGACUGAUCCGCCCAUUUACCUUGAGAAUGUGAUUCGCCGCGUGAAUGCAAAAAUAAUCCUCACCUCUGAGGCUUAUCAGUCCAGAUACACUCGUUUUGUCCCGUCCGUCAUUGCAGUUACACCAGAAAUGGUACGCGCUCUUCCUGUAAGCACUGGUAUCAUAUGCCCCUGGGUAAAACCCAGUGAUGUCUGUCUCAUCCUGUUCACAUCUGGGAGUACUGGAGAGCCAAAAGGGAUUAUUCAAGAGCAUCGAGCGUAUGCUACGGCAGUCCGAGAUUACAACAGAUUGCUUGGAAUAGGCCGACACAGCCGCGUGCUGCAAUUUGAUGAUUACGCGUUUGAUAUUAGCAACAAUGACUAUUUGACCACCCUCACUGCUGGUGGAUGCUGCUGUGUUCACACCCCGACCAAGUCUGUAUCUACUCUUGUGGAGAACAUCAACAUCCUUCAAGUCAACAUGACCUUUCUGACCCCGACUAUCGCCGCUCAGAUAUCCCCGCAGGAUGUGCCAACGUUGGAGUUGGUCUGCCUUGGUGGUGAGCCGAUGCCAAACGAGCUCCUGAUAAGAUGGUCCCCUCAUGUGAGACUGGUGAAUCAGUAUGGGAUGGGGGAGUCUGCCACCUUCUGCGCUUACAACGACCAACUCCAACCGGGCCAGAAUGCUAUCGUCGGACGAAGCGGGAGCGGAGCCAUUUGGAUAACAAGCCCAGAAUCUCCAGAGCUCCUUAUGCCUGUCGGGGCUGUCGGUGAGAUACUGAUUGAAGGCCCGCACCUGGCCCGAGGAUACCUGGACGGUGUCUGCCAGAAGCCUGGCGUUGGAUUCCUACCGAAUGCACCAACCUGGCUCAAAGAUCUCCACCCGUCUCGUGCAGGCACAUCGAGAUUCUAUCGCUCCGGAGACCUGGGGAGAUAUACGCAUGCCCGGACUGUGGAACAUUUGGGCCGCAAAGAUACCCUCCUCAAAAUUAAUGGAUAUCGAGUCGAAGCCACCGAGGUCGAGUACAUCCUCCGUAGGUCGUUAACCCCCGCGGACGCAGUCAUCGUGGACCUGCUCGGCGAGAUCGGUGGCCCACGAGAGCCGUUUCUAGUUGCUUUCCUGUGGUUGACUAACAGUGAGGACCAUUUCCGCCCCGCUGCUUCUGAUAACUCAGUGGAGUUUCUCCCCGUCACCAGUCACCAUUCGGCUCAUCGAUUGAUGCAAAGGAUGAGAGCUGAAGUCAUGGCUACGCUCCCUGUCCACAAGAUACCGGAAUACUUUAUUCUCGUCAGUCAGAUCCCCAGAACCAGGUCUAAUAAAACUGAUCGCCGCAAAUUGCACCAUCUUGCGCAGAUGUCGUACUUGUCGGGGGUCCUAAGUAAGGUCUGCAACAAAUAA